UACGGGAAACGUGGAAGCGCAGUGCUCCUCUUCUUUCCUUCCCCUUCCCAUCUCCGCCGCCGCCGCCCCUUACUCCUCCAGAGUUGCGCCUCCUCCUCCUCCUCUCCAGUGGCGCCGUCCCCCGCGCCCCUUCCUCCUCGCAGUCACGGCCGCGCGGCACGUGCUCCGCCUCGCCGUCGCCGUUGCCGUUGCCGUCGCCGCCGCCAAGUAAAGAGAGACAGGGAGGCGCAGUAGACGGGGGCGUGGUGAGGAGGGAGUCAAGCGGAGGAAGGAAGGGGGACUGCGGCCGGCGGCGGACUACCAUGUCGUCUCUGGGAACUUCCAAGGGGAUCCUGGAGAUCGCGAAGUUCGGCGUCUACGUCUCCGUGCCCGUCGCGCUCACCUACCUCGUCGCCACCGACUCCAAGACCCUCAAGAAGCUCAUGGGCCUCCGCCCGUACGUGGUUUACCCGCCUGAAGGCCCACGCCCUCCACCGCCAGAAGAACUGCGCGAAAGGGCACGGGAGAUUGCCCGGAAGAGGCAGCAGAGCUGAAUGUAUGCUGUGGGUUCUCUAGGGGCGCCUGUGUGUGUGGCUGUGUCUAUGGAACAACACGGACGACGAAUCCUCCCAUCUCACGAGAACAGCCUGGGCUGGUCUUUAGCAUCCUUUCACUGCUGCUGUUGUUACAAUAAUAAUAAUAAUAUACUGAGAAGCGAGAAUCGGCUAGAUAUAAUAUAAUCCCGUGUAUUUUCUCCUUGGGAGCCAGGUCAUAUUGCACGCUUCACUUCCAACCGUGCUGUUGUAAUGAUUAAGGGUCUGUUUGGUUG